UCUGGGGUCCGCGGCAGUACCUGGGGGCUGAGGCUGCGCGCGCCCAGUUACGGCCUGCAUCGCUGUAUGGGGCUGCUCGUGCAGUUCUGUCCAGGGUAGGGGCACCAGGGACCUCCCCUGCUUUGCAGAAGAGGAAACAGCCCAGAGAGGUGACGGCACUUGUCCAAAGUCACACAGCAGGUGACCCUAUUUGCAGCAGGCAUGUCAGAAGAUGAGGCGGCUCAGGACCACCCACCCAGCUUGUGGGAGCAGGACCAGCAGAACGUGGUCCACCGAGUGGUGGCCCUGCCCCUGGUCAAGGCCACGUGCACUGCUGUCUCUGAUGCUUACAGCGCGGCCAAGGAUAGACACCCGCUUCUGGGCUCUGCCUGCCGCCUGGCUGAGCACUGUGUGUGCAGCCUCACCACCAGCGCCCUGGACCACGCCCAGCCACUGCUCAGCCACCUGCAGCCUCAGCUGGCUACAGUGAACGAUCUUGCCUGCAGGGGCCUCGACAAGCUGGAGGAGAAGCUACCCUUUCUCCAGCAACCUUCGGAGAUGGUGGUGACCUCAGCCAAGGAUGCAGUGGCCAGCAGUAUGACAGGCAUGGCGGGCUUGGCACGGCAGGGCCGGCGCUGGAGCGUGGAGCUGAAGCGUUCCAUGAGCCACGCGGUGGACGUCGUGCUGGGCAAGUCGGAGGAGCUGGUGGACCACUUCCUGCCCAUGACUGAGGAGGAACUCGCGGCACUGGCGGCUGAGGCUGAGGGCCCGGAAGUGGGCUCAGUGGAACAGCAGAGGAGACAUCAGGGCUACUUUGUGCGCCUGGGCUCCCUGUCAACACGACUCCGCCACCUGGCAUAUGAGCACUCUCUGGGGAAACUGAGGCAGAAGAAACAUCAUGCCCAGGACACACUGGCCCAGCUGCAGGAGACACUGGAGCUGAUUGACCUCGUGCAGUGUGGGAUGACCCCCACCACCCCAGCCCGCCCUGGGAAAGUGCACGAGCUGUGGGGGGACUGGAGUCUGAGCACCCUGGAGAACGGCCGCCGCCGUAGUCAGGUGGAGCUGGAAACACUGGUAUUGUCCCGAAGUCUGAUGCGGGAGCUACAGAGCUCAGUGGACGCACUGGAAACCAGCGUGCGGGGCCUGCCCCGGGAUGCCCAGGAGAAGGUGGCCGAGGUGCGGCGCAGCGUGGACACCCUGCAGGCGGCCUUCGCUGACGCGCGUUGCUUCAGGGAUGUGUCAGCCUCGGCGUUGGCCGAGGGCCGGGGCAGAGUGGCUCGGGCCCAUGCCUGCGUGGACGAGCUGCUAGAGUUGGUGGUGCAGACCAUGCCGCUGCCCUGGCUCGUGGGGCCCUUUUCGCCCAUCCUCAUAGAGCGGUCGGAGCCCCCACCUGGCCUGGAGAACCUGGUGGACGAGAUCGUGGGGGGCCCUGACCCCCGCUGGGCGCAUCUGGACUGGCCGGCCCAGCAGAGAGCCUGGCAGGCCCAGCACCGGAAUGGGCUAGGUCUCCCAGAGGACAUUCCGGAGGAGCCUGAGCCCCCCAGUCGCCCCAAACACACCUUGAUGCCAGAGCUGGACUUCUGAUCCCGUGGGGCCUCACUGCCAGUGGCAGCAGGAGGCUGCCCUACACUUCCAUAGCCUGCUGCCCUCUAGGGGCCACACAGAAGCACAACAACCAAUGCCUUUACCCUGGCCCAGGCACGGAGUU